CAGAGUGCUUUGCGCGCUCUCAACUGGAAGGUGACACGAAAGGAAAGCUAAACAAGCCAAGCGACAAAGUGGGAGGAUGGCCGCCGCCUACCUCAGCCACCAGCAGAAAGUGCUGCGACUGUACAAGAAAUCGCUGCGACACAUCGAGUCCUGGUGCAUCUAUCGGGACAAGUACCGCUUCUACGCGUGCCUACUGCGCGCUCGCUUCGAUGCCAACAAGAAUGAGAAGGACAUGAUGAAGGCCACCAAGAUGCUAAAGUUGGGAGAGGAAGAGUUCUGGGAAAACCAGCAUCCGCAACCCUACAUCUUCCCCGACUCGCCCGGCGGCACCUCCUACGAGCGCUACGAGUGCUACAAGCUGCCCGAGUGGGUCCUGGAGCAUUGGCACCCGUCUGAGAAGGCCGCCUACCCUGACUACUUUGCCAAGAGGGAGCAGUGGAAGAAGUUGAGGGCGCUCAGCUGGGACAAAGAGGUGGCUCAGCUGCAGGCCGAGACUGCGACCGAGGGUCCCAGUUCGGAAGCCCUACCCCCGGCCCGCAAGGAAGGCGACCUUCCGCCUCUGUGGUGGCAAUACGUCACCCGUCCCAGGGAGCGCCCCGCAUAAACAGCCCGCCCGUUGUUGAAUCAACAUCGACAAGAAUAUUUGACUUUGUUCACAAGUUAACUUUAGAUGGCUGAGAAGACCACCUCAUUAGUUGCCGCCACACAUGUCAAUAAACACGUGAAGAUGAA